GCUGGUCGACUGUUGCUCGUGCGUGUGUUGCGCCAAGGGCCUCUUCUACCACUGGGCCAAGGACUACGACCUGGACACGGACGUGUCGUGCGCCGAUCAGCCCUGCUCGUGCGCGCCGCACCGGCGCUGCGCGCGAUGGGCUUGCCUCGGCCUCCUCAGCUUGCUGCUGCCCUGCCUCUGCCUCUACUGGCCCUUGCGCGGGUGCGUCAAGCUUUGCGAACUGGGCUACGCGGCCUGCGCGCGCUCAGGCUGCCGCUGCGAGCGACAACACGCCGAGGAGGCCGCCGGUUCCCGGACGCUGCUUCAGCCGCAGGAAUUAUUACGCCGUUAGGCCUCGCGGGCGAGGCGUUGUGCGUGUGUGUGUGUGCUGCUGCUGCUGGCUGCCGUCGCAGUUGUGCGAGCGUCGACGUGCCCCGCUGGAACAAGCGGGCGCUUGCUGGCAUGGCAGACGAGGAGGAGCAAGAGAACGAGCUGCUGGUUCUGGAGAGUAUUUACGACGCCUCGGUCUUCGGAGUGAGCAAGAAGGAAGGCCGCUAUCCCAAAGGACAUUUCCUCGCUCGCGUUGAAGUUCCCAAGCCGUUCCACGUGCUGGUGCCGAGAGUGAAUGCCCCAGGUGAAAUGCAGGAGAUUUCGCUGGAACAUUUGCCUCCAAUCCUUUUGGACUUUCAAUUGCCUCCCAACUACCCCUCUAGAUCUCCACCUCGUUUUUGCCUGAGCUGCCCGUGGCUCACCUUAAAAGAGCUAGAGCGGUUAAGCCAUGCGCUAGAUCGCAGCUGGCAGCAGGACCGAAACACUGUGGUGCUGUACCGCUGGAUGACAUUGUUGGACACUGAAGCAGCUGACAUUCUGCAACUGACAUCUAGCCACACCUUGGUGCCUCUCUUUGAGGAACUGACCAGACUUCGUGCAUAUCGGAGAACAAAGUGGAAAAAGUGCUACUUAUACCGUGGCUAUGGACGCACUGAUAUGCGUGUCUUUAAGGAGGCAGUAGACCCGCUAACAUUGGCCACUCUUCUUACUGAGUACAACAGUCGAGAAAAGCGGCGGCUGUUUGACCUGCAGUGGCUGACCUGCCAAGUGUGUCUGACGUCCAAGCUGGGAUCGGAGUUUGAACUGGUGAUUGGCUGUGACCACCCAUUCUGUCGUGACUGCCUCCGCGAGCACUUUCGCAUUCAAAUCGAAAGUGGCUGUGCCAACCAGCUUCGCUGUCCACAGGAAAAAUGCUCAACGCAGGUGGUGCCCACGCAGGUGAAGGCGCUAGUUGGCGAUGCUCUUGGCUCGCGUUAUGAGGAGAUCCUGCUCAGUGCCUACCUGGACUCCCAGGAGGAUCUGACCUACUGCCCCCGGUUGCAGUGCCAGCGGCCAGUGGUGUUAGACCCGGGUCUGCCCAUGGCACAGUGUGCCAGCUGCCAUUUUGUUUUCUGCCUCUACUGCCGCAUGGUGUAUCACGGGGUCCAGCCCUGCCGUCUCAAGCCUGGGGAACAGAGGGCUAUCCGAGAUGAAUACCUGUCGGCAACUCCAGCGGCGAGGCAAGCAAUGGAGAAGCGGUACGGGAAGCGCACACUGCAGCUUCUGGUGGACGAAUCGCUCACCCAGGACUGGAUGCAAGAGAACAGCAAGAAGUGCCCGCACUGUGGCAUUUCCAUAGAGAAGCAAGACGGCUGCAACAAGAUGACUUGCUGGCGCUGCGGAACCUACUUCUGUUGGAUUUGUGUGGUGGCCCUGAAGGCAUCCGGCAACCCAUACCAGCAUUUCAGUGAUCCCAGGUCUGGCUGCUUUAACAAGCUGUUUGAAGGGGCAGAAGAGAUUGCCGAAGAGGAAGACCAUGAGAUUGGAGAGUUCUUGUGAACAUUCGUUACCUCUAUUGUUCCUGGCCAAGACAGUGCUAGUUUUUUUUCCAAACCUCACUCAGGCUGUGUGACUGACUGACAACACUGUGACUGACUGGAUCACCAUAGAUGACAUGGAAGUCAUGACAGUGGUUUGAAAAACUAUGUGCAUCAUGGAAAGCAACAUGUAUCCACAAGGAAGCACUUCAAUAUAACUUGUAAUAAAUUCUUUUUUUUUUUUUCACCUUUUCCAAAUGAUAUUUUAAGGGGCCCCUCACCAUGUUUGGCCAUUUUAAACAGACAAGCGCAGCAUAUACAAUGUGUGCGCAUGAUCAUGUCUGCAAAGUAUUGCACCACUGUGUGCCACGACAGCAGCUGAAAUUUCAGACCAAACGCCGUGCGCCCUUCUCAAGGGAGCCGCGUUCUCAGCCGGAGAGUCGAGGUCAGACGCACAAGUGCAACAAGUGCACAUAAUUCGUAUAGCUGAAAUGCCACUCACUGCGACACCAUGUGAUUUAAGAAUUAUUCAAGGCUAAAGUGGCUUCACUAGACAAUUUUAAAUUUAGACAAAUAAAACCUACAAACUGAAUGUCUGUGA